AUGAAUGAAACAUCUGAUUUUCUAAACAUCAUUACAAGGAAUGAGUUUGUAUUAGGUAGCAAAAGUCCUCUUUCUCUAUCCGUUAAUUUUCCAAUAUGUUCUUUAGCUUAUUCCUCAAAAGAAAUCUCGAUAUUUGAUUUAGAAAAGUUAACAACAAAAAACAUUACUCGACAAUCAGCUCCAUUAGACUCUGUUAUCAUAUGUUCAGAUAUAAGUCCUAAUAAAAACCUGGUAGCUACAGGACAUAGCGAUGGAGAAAUAGUUAUUUGGUUAAUUGAUGAUCAAAAUAUCUUAAUUACUACAAAAACAAAUGAUACUGUCAUGCAAAUUCGAUUUAUCAAUCAAAAUACGUUAAUUCACUCAGAUUCGAAUGGCAUCGUUUAUACAUCGACAAUUUCCACAAAAUUAUUCAAGAAACAAAUUACUACAGUCCAAUUAUAUGACUUCUUACAGCCUUUAACAUGUCUUUCUGUAUAUAAUUCCCAAAUAUUUUUAUCAACUUCUUCAAACAUCCAUGUUUUCAAAUUAACGCCUGCAUUUCAAAUGAUUUAUGAGUCAGAUAGCUCUGCAUUACAAUUUUCUUUCUCUAAAGAUACAAUUGCUUGUAUUAAUGGUCAUUCUGUCACUUUAAUGACCACAGACUGUAAGCCGAUAAAGCAAAUCAAGUUUCAUGGCACACCGCAGUCGAUUGCUGUCAUUGAUGACGUUACAACUCUCGCAAUUUACAAUGGAACUUUGGAAUUGAUCAUUGGAUCCCAAGUAUUCAAAGGAGCUGCUCCAAAUGGAUUGAGCUACUCUUCAGGCGAUAAAAUAAUCGUUGUUGGAAAUAAGAUUUUUAUUUGCACAUUAGCAGAUGUUAAAGACAGAGUGAAUGCUCUCAUCAAGAAGGAUAAUUGGUCAGAUGCAUUUUCUCAAAUUAUUUCAAACAAUGUUCUUGAUUUGAGAAAAUAUUUGAUUAUGUAUUCAAAAUCAGAGAAAUUUGAUAUUAAUUUAUUGUUCUCUACAUGCAUAAGACUUGAAUGCCUGGACUUCCUUUUAGAUUUGCCGUUUGAUAACGAAAAGAAUGAAAUGAUUGUCAAAUAUUUGAUCGAAAGCAAGAAAUUUUCAAACAUUGAGAUACCAAGAAAGAUUAUUGAGAAAAUUUUCAAUUCUGAUUUGAUCAAAAAUAUCAAAACUCAAAAUUCGUCCGAAAAUCAAAAUUCUAAUGAUAAAAAUUCUUCUGAUGUUAACACUGAUAAUAAUAAUGAGCAAAAUCAAAAUACCGAAAAUGAUAAUAAAAAUACCAAACAAGAAAACGAAAAAUCAGAAGGUGGAAUUACUGAACAAAGCAUCUGUGAAUAUAUUAUGAGGUCUCCUUUGAAAUUAAACACAAUUGAUACAAUAUUAUACGAAAGUAUCACGAAAUUACCUCGACUCGCAAGUGAUUUGUGUUUAUACUAUCUUGGAGACUUAUAUUUAUCCUUGCUGCUCAAUACUUUGUACAAAAACUGGUCAUUAAUUAUCCAAAUUCUCAAAGAAAUGUUAAUUAACAACACUACUCAAACCAACAUCAAGAAUUCCAUAGAGUACUUGAUCACUGAAGAUAUUAAAGAGAUAACCAGUCAAUAUCCAGACGAAAUGGACGAAAUUUUCUGUACCGCGAUUUCAUUAGACCACAGAACUCAAGAACUCUGUGAAAUGACCAUGCCGAACAUUAGAUUAGACAGUACUUGCUGGGAUCUGAUCACUUCCUCCAUUCUUAUUGGCAAAAUUGAGAUCACAGACAACAAUUUUUAUUUAAUUUUUGCUUUUUUGAGUUUGCAGAACCAAAGAUUGUUCAAACUCAGACAAGAAGUGCUUAAAAUUAUUCUCAAGAAGGAUAAAGUUAACAAGAAACAUCUUUUGGUCUGUUCUCAGCUCGGAAACUUCCAAGAAAUCGAAUUCGAAAUCAUCAAAAAACUUCAAAAUCCAGAAAUUUUGAUUUUAUCACUUAUUGAUCAUAAACUGACUUCUUACAAAGAUCUCCUUAAAGAAACAGUUAAAGACAAGAUCAAUGAUUGUCUGUUGAUGUAUUACAGAUGGUUAAUUCGUCUAAAUGCACAAGAAUUCAGUGAAUUAUGCAUUGAAACACAAAACAUGAAUUUCAUUUACCAAAUUCAUAAAACAUUGUUAUCAGACAAAGUUUGUCACUGGCAUUUCCUGAAGUACUUGUUUUUGAGUGACUGGGCAUGCUAUAAUUCCAAUGAUGAGAUGAUUUUCAGCUAUUUAAUCUAUCUUUCUAAAUAUAAUCCACAAAAAAUUGUUUCCGAAAUUCCAAGAAUGAAAAGUAUUCC